ACCAUGCACGACACACAUGGAGGCAAAGAGAGACGGAGCAACGGCCUGCUGCAUAACUCUUGUCUCCGACCAAUCCCCGGCGACGAUUUCUGCAAAUAUUUUUAUCGACUCGCCGAUAUUGGACGUCUAUAUAAGCCCGGGCACGAAGAUCAGCCGAUCCAGAAGUCGACAAUUGUUUAUCUUCCGAUUGUCACCACACUCGUGCGCUCGUUUUUAUUGUUGUUGUUGUUGUUGUUGUUGUUCAUCCACUCAAUUGUCGAAGCGCAAUAGGCCAAAGCAUGGAGAUCUUCGGAGACGCCAAGACGACCGGCCUCGAGCACCUCACCCUCGAACAGAUGCUCGAGGACAAUCUGCCCGAGCCCAUCCUCAAGGAGGUCAAGCGAAUCAUCUAUGGCCGCGAAGUCGAGCCGAUCGAGCUGCCGAAAUUCGAAAAGGGCGUGCAGUGCGACCUCAAGGGUUUCAAGAUGGGCGGUGCUGUCGAGGAGCAGUUGAGGCCCCCGAGGAUCGUGCGGGUCGCCGUGAUCCAGAACUCCAUCGUCCUGCCGACGACGGAGCCGAUUCGAGAGCAGCGCGACGCCAUACACAAGAAGAUCUGCAAGUACAUCGAACACGCGGCCUCGUGCGGUGCCAACAUCGUCUGCCUCCAGGAGGGCUGGCCGAUGCCCUUUGCCUUCUGUACCCGGGAAAAGUACCCCUGGUGCGAGUUCGCCGAGGAGGUGGACUCGGGCCCGACGACCGAGUUGAUGUGCUCCUACGCGCGCAAGUACAAAAUGGUGAUAAUAUCGCCGAUCCUCGAGCGCGACGGUAUCCACGGCGAGGUCAUGUGGAACACGUCGGUGGUGAUCGGUAGCGACGGCCGAGUGAUCGGCAAGCACCGCAAGAACCACAUUCCGCGUAAAAACGACUUCAACGAGUCUACGUACUACAUGGAGAGCAACCUCGGCCACCAGGUCUUUGACACCCCGUACGGCAAGAUAGCGAUCAACACCUGCUACGGGCGUCACCACCCGUUGAAUUGGCUCAUGUUCGGUAUCAACGGAGCGGAGAUCGUUUUCAAUCCGAGCGCCACCACCAAGACCCUGUCGGAACCGCUGUGGCCGAUCGAAGCGCGCAACGCAGCUAUUGCCAAUGGCUACUACACUUGUGCCAUCAAUCGAGUUGGGACGGAGAUUUUUCCCAAUGCUUUUACAUCCGGGGAUGGAAAACCAGCGCACAACGAUUUUGGACACUUUUAUGGGAGCUCGUACAUCGCGGCUCCCGAUGGCACGAGAACUCCGGGGCUGUCGAGGAACGAGGAUGGCCUGCUCGUCGCCGAAAUCGAUCUCAACCUUUGCAGGCAGAUAAGGGACUUUUGGGGCUUCAGGAUGACUGCGAGACUCGACAUGUAUGCUGAAGCUCUAGCCAAAGCGGUGAAACCUGAUUACAAACCACAAAUCGUUAAGCAAUAAGUAAACAGUUUAUGUAUACUUGCUGUAAAAAAAAAAAAAAAAAAAAAGAACAAUCAUUUUAAUUUCAAACGUGCUUGACUUUUAAACGGGAUCGUCAAAUGUUUGUCUGCAGAACACUGUAUUUUUUACCGCUUUAACUUGUUGAUUUAAUUAUAUCGAUCAAUAGUCAUUUGAAUAUUUUAGUAUUCACAUGUUUUUCUAUAUUUUUAUUAAUAAAACUGUUGAAACAAUUCUAUGGAGGGA